AUGGCGUCUGAAUUUGAGAUCUUAGGAGUAUUUUCCAUUGGCUUGCGAGGAAAGCCCAGCUUGAAUGAGGAAAAUGGCACAGCAGCAAAUUUCCUGGCACUCCGUCUCAUUACACGGAAAAGGAUACUUAAAUAUCCGGAAGAGGAAGAUGACUUUAAGCUACCAGAGAAAUAUGCGUUACAGCUCAGGGCAAGCGACAAAUCGAAGGCGCAUCAUCAGCCACGCAACUUGGAUGAAAGAGAUGGAGCUGCAGCGCACAAAUCUAUUCCCAGCAGCCCCGAGAAAACAGCUGAUGGUAUGGUUCUAGUGGAUUGGUAUACAACAAAUGGCCCAGCCAAUCCCCAAAACUGGUCUCGUGCAAAAAGAUAUUUUGUUGUUUUCGUUUUGUGUUGUUAUACCUUUACAGUCUGCUGCGCCGGUCCUAUAUAUGCCACUGCUGAAGAAGGAAUACAGCAUCAUUUCCAUGUUAGCCCUGUUGCUUCUACACUGGGGCUGGGACUUUACGUAUUAGCAUAUGGUAUUGGAGAUCUCCUUUUUUCACCUCUCUCUGAAAUCCCUAGCAUUGGGCGAAACCCCAUUUAUUUUCUGACUUUUAUUGUCUACUGGAUUCUAACAUUUCCUGAGGCUGUGACGAAUGGCUUUGGAAGCCUUUCAGCUUUGCGAUUCUGGCUUGGCUUUUUUGGAUCUCUGGCUCUGGCUAAUGGCGGAGCGACAGUGGGAGAUAUGUUUUCUCUUAUGUAUAUCCCAUUUGGACUCUCCUGGUGGGUGUUUUCUGCAUGGGCUGGCCCUUCUAUCGGCCCGGUCAUUGGAAGCUUCGCCGCCCAAGCCAAAGCAUGGAGGUGGCCCAUGUGGGAAAUUGUGUGGAUGUCCUCAGGAGCACUAAUUCUAUCAUUUCUCUUCAUGCCGGAGACGUCAGCUCACAAUAUCUUACUGCGUCGGGCGCUGGAUACUUUUAUGGCGUAUUUUUAUACGUUCUUUGAAGUAUUUGCUCUUGUUUUCCCUGUAUUUUAUGGCUUUGAUCUUGGCCAAACGGGUCUUACUUUCUUAUCUUGUCUCAUUGGUGUUAUCCUUGGUCUCUCUGCCUACUUUGCUUACUUGCAAUUUUAUAUGGUGCCUGAUAAUAUUAAGCAUGUUUUUAGAGAACAAGAACACCGACUCGUCCCUGCCAUUAUUGGUUCAUUUUUACUGCUAAUUGGACUCUUUAUUUUUGCAUGGACGGCCAGGUCUAGCAUUCAUUGGGUAGUUCGACUUGUUGGAGUGGGCAUCUUUUGUUUUGGACACUUCUGGAUAAUGCAGUCUCUGUUCAUUUACAUUCCUCUUUCUUACCCAAAGUACAUUGCCUCUCUGUUUGCCAGUAACAGCAUCUGGAGAUCGGGCAUCGCGGGUGGAGCUGUUGUCUUCGCAAGACCACUGUUUAUUAAUCUGGGCGUGGCCAGAGGUGUCACACUGCUUGCAGGAUUAAGCUGUGCGGGCAUUUUUGGCACUACAGCAAUUUGGAUGUUCGGCAAGAAACUGCGAGCUAGAUCUAAGUUUGCGAUCUAA